AUGUCAGCCGGACAAGAGAACCAUAUGCAGUAAGAUUUUCAUAGUUAUACAUUUUAUUUCCUAUUUAAAAUAUUGAUCGACAAAAUUUGCAUUUAACUUUUCAGAUGUAUUGAAGUUGGAAAAGUUAUGAGUGAUGCGAUGGACGGUCUAAGUAUUCAAGACGCCCCUAAAAUGAAGCCGGAAGAUUUUUCCAUCUUAAAAGUUCUCGGAAAAGGAGGGUACGGAAAGGUAAGGUUCUAUUUUUUACUUUUUUAAAAUUACAACGCAGCUUUUCAGGUUUACCAGGCCCGAAAAGUUACAGGCCGCGACAAGGGCACUUUGUUUGCUAUGAAAGCAAUUAAGAAAAAUACCAUCCGAGAUGAUGAAAAGUUUGUCGAGCACACGAUGGCCGAAAGACAUAUCUUGGAGAAUGUCAAUUCUCCAUUUCUCUGUGAACUCCACUACGCAUUCCAAACUGUCGACAAACUUUAUUUGAUAAUGGAGUACAUUUCGGGAGGAGAUCUGUUUGCGCGAUUGGAAAGAGUGACCAAAUUCUCGGAGAGUGCGGCGAGAUUUUAUCUGGCAGAAGUGCUGCUGGCUAUCCAACACCUGCAUAGCAAUGGCGUCAUCUAUCGAGAUCUCAAGCCGGAUAAUAUUAUGCUCGAUCAAUCAGGACAUGUGAAAUUAACCGACUUUGGUCUUUGCAAGGCGAAUUUGGGCCACGAUGAGCUCACGGACACUUUCUGCGGAACAAUCGAGUACAUGGCGCCUGAAGUUCUGGAGAAGAGACAGUACGGAAGAGCCGCCGAUUAUUGGGCUCUUGGUAUUUUACUCUAUGAUAUGCUAUCGGGAUGUUCUCCAUUUUAUACAUCGAACCGCAAGAAGACGAUGAUCUUGAUCAAGAAGGCAGAGUUCCCCAUGAUAAAAAACAUCUCGCCGGAAGCGAAGAGUCUUCUGAGAAAGCUCAUACAUCGAAAUGAGAAGACACGACUCGGAGCCUCCGGAAUGAAGAGUCACUCAUUUUUCGGGAAGACUAACUGGCUUAAAAUGGAAGCACGAGAAGUGGAACCGCCAUUCAGGCCUUGCCAUAUUCACGAAGAAGAUGUUUCGAAUUUCGAUAGUGCUUUCACUAACAUGGCACCGGAAGAGUCUCCAUGUAAGCCAGAAUGUUUUGUUCAAGACGAUGAUCUGUUUGCCGGCUUUGAUUAUGUGAGACAAGAAGAUGAGACGUUCAAAGCACCGCUCAUGAAGAAAUGUGCUAGAAAGUAAGUUUCAUGGCCUUUUGCUGGUGAUUUAAAUAAACAAAUUUCAGUCUGCAAGCGAGUAUCUCAAAGAAUAAUUAA